AACAUGGAAUCCAGAAACCAAACAGAUGUUUCAGAAUUUUUUCUCCUGGGACUGACAGAUAAUCCAGGACUACAGCCCCUCCUCCUCUGCCUAUUCCUGGCCAUGUACCUGAUCACAUUCCUGGGAAACCUGCUCAUCAUUUUGGCUGUCCUCUCUGACUCCCAUCUCCACACACCAAUGUACUUCUUCGUCUCCAACCUGUCCCUUACUGACAUCUGUAUGAGCACCACCACCAUCCCAAAGAUGCUGGUAAACAUCCAAGCACAGAAUCAGAGCAUCACGUAUGCAGGCUGUCUCAUCCAGAUCUACUUAGUCCUGGUUUUUGAAUGUUUUGAAAAUUUUCUCCUUGCGGCAAUGGCCUGUGACCGCUAUGUGGCCAUAUGCCACCCCUUGAGGUACUUGAUUAUCAUGAACCCCCAACUCUGUGUUCUGCUGAUUCUACUUUCACUGUGCAUCAGCGCUGUAGUUGGCCUACUACACAGUCUGAUGGUAUUGCGAUUGUCCUUCUGCGAGGACCUGGAAAUCCCUCACUUCUUCUGUGAACUUGCUCAGGUCAUCAAGCUUGCAUGUUCUGUUACCCUCAUCAAUAACAUCCUGAUAUAUUGCGUGGCUAGCUUGUUAGGUGGUAUUCCUCUGUCUGGGAUCAUUUUCUCUUAUACUCAAAUUGUCUCUUCUGUUUUAAGAAUGCCAUCAGCAGGGGCAAAAUUUAAAGCUUUUUCCACCUGUGUGUCUCACCUGUUAGUUGUUUUGUUGUUCUAUGGGACAGGUUUUGGAGUGUAUAUUAGUUCUAUAGUUACUGACUCAUCCAGGAAGAUUGCAGUGGCUUCAGUUAUGUACAUUGUGGUUCCUCAAAUGAUGAACCCUUUUAUCUAUGGCCUGAGAAAUAGAGAUAUGAAGGGAACCUUGAGAAAACUCUUCAGUGGGAUACCUUCUUUUGUGUGA